CAGGCCAGGCGCGGCGAGCGGCCGACCGAUAGCUGCCUUGCUGGAAGAUAAGGUGGAUGGGCCCUGGUCUCUGGUUGUGCAGUGCUGUCUCCCCCUCGGAAAACCUUGUCUGCAGGCGCAGCCUGUGCUGCCCCGAGCCUGAAGGCAAACAAAGAGCUGAAUGUGAUAAACCUCUUGUGAAUGUGAUGCUGGAGGUACAAGGAACUCACAGAUUUAUUCACUAAUCUGGAGAAGGAUGGAGAUGGAAGGGUGAGCUUUGAGGAGUUGCAGUUUGGCUUGUUCAGCCACGUGAUCACCUUUUUCCAAGAGGCUGAAUAGGAGCUCGGAGGAGCAGAUGAGCCCAGCAGAGCUGCCUGCAACUUUGGACAACACGCUCAUGGUCCCCAGGAGUGGGCUUCAGCAUGCAGCCAUCACCUCCUACGGGUACAAACUGCAGUGCCUCAGGAUCCAGGUGAGACAGGUUGCCUUGGAGAGGGACAAGGCGAGGCUGGACUUGAAGAAAGCGGAGACAUGCUGCCUGCAGCUUGGCAGGGAGUUGGAGGAGCAGUACGUCGCUCUCGAGCACACCCAGAGCAAGCUCAAGGAUGUUCAGGCAGAAAUAGAGGCAAAAGAGCUGCUUUUGCAGCAAGCAGUCAAUCACCAAGUGAAGCUGGAGGCUGAUACACGGUUCCUCCAGGGCAAAGAGGCCAGCCUGCAAGGGAGACUGAACCACGCAAUGAAGGAGAGCACACAGCUGCAGAACAGGGUCACAGAGAUGGCUGAGAAACUGGCGGCCUCUGAGAAACUGGUGUUGGAACUGCAGAAAGAACUCAACCACGUUGUGAAGGACAUGCUGGGCCAGGUGGAGCCCCCCAGCCCAGACCUCCCGAAUCAGAAUGAGCGCUUUGCAGAGAUUGUCCUGGAGUACGAGCGGCAGUGCCAGAGAGUCAAGGUGCUGUGGGACCAGAAUGGAGUGCUGUGGAGGGAGCUGGGAAGGCUGCGUCUCCAGCUACAGGAAAGCAGGGCUGAGAGAGGGCUGCCAGCAGGAGGCCUGUCCUCACAGGGCUCCUCUCUGCCAGUGUGCCGCUCUCCCAGCCCUCUGAUUCCUGCUUCUGCGUGCACAGAGGUGUCACUCUCAAUGGAGCAGCUCCACGAGCAGCUGCGGGAUCUGAAGGUGCAGCUAGAAACCAAGACAAACUAUUACGAGGAGGAAAUGGAGUUGAUGAGGAGAAACUUUGAGAGAGAAAGGAAGAUCAGUGAGGAAGGCUUCAAGGCUGAGAUGCGCAAGAUGGAAGACCAGAAAAGAGAGCUGGAAGAAAGAGUUGCAAAGGGAGAGCUGUGCCGGCUGCUGAAGGAGAACAGCUUGAUGAAAAGUCAACUUCAGAGACUCCAACAAGAGCUGAGGCUUGCAAAGGAGAAGGGCAGCAGACAUGAUGAGAAACACGUGAACGAGUUGGGCAGAGAGAAGGUGGAGGAGCUGGCUGAAAUAGCAGAGUUAACAGCAUCGAGUGAGAAGAGUAAGGGGGAGGUCUCUGACCUGAACAUGAAGAUGCGUCAGCUGGGCCAUGAACUCAGUGAGCACAAAGCCAGCCAGAAGCUUGUGGAGGCUGAGUGGCCCCAAGGAGCAGAGGCAGCAGUAAGGCUGGAGCACCACCAGCAGCAUGCAGCAUGUUGGAUGGAGAUGGAGCUGCUCCGACAGCAGCUCAAGACAUUGCAGGAGAAGCUCUUAGAAGCCAAAGCAAACCUGAGCUUGGCCCAGACUCAGCAUGCUCUGCAGUUGCAGCAGGCUAAGGCCCAGAUGAGCAAUAUGGUGCCAAAGAAACAGCUUGAGCAGCUGCAAAACAGCCUGAGAGAGGAACGGUGCAAGGCUCAGCAGCUCCAGGAAAACCUCCACCGGCAGGCUGAGCAGACGUGCAGGCAGCUGGUCAGGACCCAGGAGGAACAUGAGCGUCUGCUGCAGGCAGCUGUGGAGCAGGCAGAGGGGCUGGAGCGUAAUCUGAGGAGUGCAGAAGCUGUGCUGGCAGAGAGGGCAGCUCAGCUCAAGUUCACACAGGCCCAACUGUCCAGGAACAAACUGCUGAUCAAAAACCUCCGUGAGGAGAACAGGGGGUUUGCAAUGGCCCUGCAGGCAGCUGAGCUGAAGCAGAAGAGCACUGAGGAGAAGAACCAGCUGUUGGAGGAGCAAGCCUCAGCCCUGAAGCAGCUCAUUGGAAAAAUCACACCAGCAUCUCUGAGUGGGUGAUGGGGCACUCGCUGUGGCAGCCUUGGUCCUGGCCAGGGUUUGUUAGGCGCGGAAGGGGAUGUAUGGAUAGGCUGGGAAACCAGCCUUGUCCUCCCUGGUCUUGCCAGAAUUUUCCUGGGUAGAAAGUAGAGAAUGGAGAAACCAGACAGAGUCCUUUAAGGAAGCUGGUCCUGUGGGUAGCUGAACUGAAAGCACCAGCUUUGGUGCCUGUCUCAGUGGCAGUGUGCUGUUGUUAAGUCAGGUCUUUCUCACAGCAGCCGUCCCACAGGAGCUGCCUGCACUCCAGCAGCGUGGUCGGUGGUGGUGUGGAUGCUCCUGCUCCAUGGAGGGUUGCUGUUGGGGUUAGGCUGUUAACGGCUGGAAAGCCAGGGCAGGAGGGCUUGAAGGUUACUGUAUCUGGCUCACUCAGAGCAGGAAAGCCGUG